UCCGGAAGUAAAACUUUUUCCAGAAGUCAAACAUUACCGUCUUCCUGUGAUGUGCCGCUGGACUUAAAUAAUAAUUUAGAAAAGAUAACCAUUACUUGCUGAUAAAUUAAACAGAAGGCUACAAUCAAGUAGGCGUCAGCGGGAAAUCAUGUUUUAUCAUAUUUCCCUGGAGCAUGAGAUCCUGCUCCACCCUCGGUACUUUGGUCCCAAUCUCCUGAACACUGUGAAACAGAAGCUCUUCACAGAAGUGGAGGGAACAUGCACAGGGAAAUAUGGGUUCGUCAUUGCGGUGACCACCAUUGACAACAUUGGUGCAGGUGUCAUCCAACCAGGCAGGGGAUUUGUGCUUUACCCCGUCAAGUACAAGGCUAUUGUCUUCCGUCCAUUCAAAGGCGAGGUGGUAGAUGCCGUGGUUACCCAGGUCAACAAAGUUGGACUGUUCACAGAGAUCGGCCCCAUGUCCUGUUUCAUCUCUCGUCACUCCAUUCCCUCAGAGAUGGAGUUUGACCCCAACUCAAAUCCUCCCUGUUAUAAGACCACUGAUGAGGACAUUGUAAUCCAACAGGAUGAUGAGAUUCGGUUAAAGAUCGUGGGAACAAGAGUGGAUAAAAACGACAUUUUCGCUAUUGGAUCCCUCAUGGACGAUUACCUGGGUCUUGUCAGCUGAUGUCCCUGCAGUGCUGAUGUAUCAACAUACAUCUACUAAGUUGGGACACCGUACGAAUACAUACUAUUGAAACCAGACAGAGCCUGUUGAUAAUUAGGUGGUUAUGUUGCUGUAUCGUCUGAGUUACCCUUCCAGUUGCUAUUGUUUAUUGUAUUUCUACAACUUGAACUGGAAAUAAAUGUUUAUUUUUUGGUAAUGUUGA